GCUUGUACCUUUGUUCAAUAUUCUGUGUCACCUCUGUGUCGUGUGCUAAACAGCUUCGCUGGUCAUCCACCUUUACAGAGUGGAAUCGCUCUCGAUUUUUUUUAUAUUAAUUUUUUUAUAGCGAUUUGUCUUGUGUGACGGACGGACAGGUUUCCUCGUCGGAUAGGCAUAUAACUGCUUACGCACUUAAAAUUUAAUUCUGAUGUUUUAUGUGCCGAAACCACGAUUUGAUUAUGAGGCACACCGUAGUGGGGACUCCGGCUUAAUUUUGAGCACCUGGGACUCUUCAGCGUGCACCCAAUGCAUGGAACACGGGUGUUUUUUGGCAUUUCACCCCUCAUCGAAAUGCGGCCGCCGCGGUCGGGAUUCGAUCCCGCGGCCUCAAGAUCGGUUGCGCAACGCCAUAGCCACAACGCCACCACGGCGGGCCAAGCUUCUCCAAUGUUGAUGUGUGCGAAGAAGAAAAUUUUCUGGGUCACCAAAAUCUCUUAUUUUGCGCCUUUGCAGGCGCCAGCCUCCCUUAUGGCGAUUUUCCACGGGCGAAAAUGAGCCACGCGGAGACGCUAUAUAGAUGUGUUCUGGCCAAAGUUUGAGACGGCCACAGCGCGGCAGCCAUGGAGGCCAGCGCCAGACCUCACGAGAGCGUUUUUAUAGAGCUUUAUAGUUGCAACGUAUAAGCUGCGCACUUGAGAAAAAAAACAAAAAAACACGGGCACAAAAAAAUAACGGACACACACGAAGUCCUAAAGUGGUUUAUUGCUCAAGGACGCGCUUUAAGUAGGCACGUCUCCAAAUUACCAGCUCGUUCAUCGGUACCUGUUAAACGAGUUUAUUUAUUAGAGCUGUUUUGCGCGUUCCUGUCAGCCCGCCGGAAAGCGUCAUAACAUUAGCCUUCUUCACUUUCUAUCUCGCGCCAUGAAUGCACGCGAUUUCGGUCGGCUUCGUCGUCUUCUACGGAGCCCUGCGCACGUUCGUGCAUUUGUUCUAGAAAGCCACAGUGAAAUCCACUGACUGUUCAAGUCGUCGAAUUGUUACGAAGGUUACAGCAACUUUGAACCGCAAAUGAAUAGUAUAGAUUUUUUUUUUUUUUUUGCUUUGUUACACAAAUGCGGCAAAAUUAUUGUGAGCGCGAGCUAUCACAAAGCGCGAAUGGCGCCAACCGCGGCUCCCUGGAGGCACGGUCAGCCUCGUUUAUAGCCUCGUUGCAGGCGCACGUGCAAGAAAAGUGAAGAGGACAAAGACUGCAGCGCGUGCUCACGGGACCUAUUUCGUUCGAAUCUACGAGAACCAGACGCAAGACCGGCGGCGUUCCCUUCGGCUCGCACCUAAGCGGACAAGCUGUCGAAGGACAGCUGGUUCCGUACCAAUGGCGGGCGCGCCAACACGAAAGGAUGUCAGCAUAAAAGCGGGUGUACAAAAGGAAAGAGAGAGAAAUGUCGUUCGGCACCCUGCACCAUUUUCGAUUCCACGUCCGUCAGUCUCGCUCAACCGCUGCGGCAUGAGGCGACCCAGGAAACUGUCGAACGCUUCCAAAGCAUUCACUCCGAAAGUCACCUUCGAGGAACCUGAAAAACGGGACAAUCCCGAACGACCUAGAAGAGGCCGGUCUCCGCAGAAGGUCACCUCCGAGGAACCUGAGAAACGGGACAAUUCCGAGCGACCCAGAAGAGGCCGGUGUCGGCAGAAAGUCACCUUCGAUGAACCCGAGAAACGGGACAAUUCCGAGCGACCCAGAAGAGGCCGGUGUCGGCAGAAAGUCACCUUCGAGGAACCUGAUAAACGGGACAAUUCCGAGCGGCGCAGAAGAGGCCGGUCUCCGCAGAAAGUCACCUUCGAGGAACCUGAUAAACGGGACAAUUCCGAGCGGCGCAGAAGAGGCCGGUCUCCGCAGAAAGUCACCUUCGAGGAACCUGAUAAACGGGACAAUUCCGAGCGGCGCAGAAGAGGCCGGUCUCCGCGGAAAGUCACCUUCGAGGAACCUGAGAAACGGGACAAUUCUGAGCGGCGCAGAGGAGGUCGGUCUCCGCAGAAAGUUACCUUCGAGGAACCUGAGAAACGGGACAAUCCCGACCGACCCCGAGGAGUCCGCGAAGGUGGACACAGAGGCGGACGGGGACACGGGUCCUACCAUGGCAGCGGGGCAGCCUCAGGCACGAGCCGGACAGGCAUUCUCUACCCACCGCUGCCGCGUCCACAGACUGGGCGGCGUCCGCGAUUACUGGUGACAGAUAGCUGGAGGCGGCCCCUCGACAACAUGGUGCGCUGCCCUUACGACACGUCGCACCUGGUGCCCGCUUCCGGGCGCGCCGCCCACGUCCGCCAUUGUCCACGCAAGAGGAACGGCGCCACAACUAGACGCUACCACAGGACGGAGUUGCCACAGGAGGAGAACUGGGAGCCAGAGAUUGUUCCUGGAAAAGCGGGAUACGUGCCACCCGUAGAUAUGGGCUACCCUGUCUUCCGAGAUGUACAAACCUUGACCCCAAAGCAGAGGAGAGACUACUACCGCGAUCUGCUGGAGCAGCACAAGCUUGUGGAAAAUGACAAGGGAGCUUCGGACCGAUGCGGAGAUUCGGAAGAAACUGGAGAAUCCACGAUUUCAAAUAGCUCAACACCAAACACAUCCACAGAUUUAAGCCAGGGCGGCCCAGAGGAUUUAGACAGCCGGACCAACGAGCCCACACCUACGACGCCUGGCCCGCCGGCGCCCCUAAAUUUGAAUAAUCUCGCUAACCUUCCCGCGCCGAACGUGCCGGAGUCCGCAAAAAACCCGCUGCCACGCCUUCCGGCAUCCGCGAACCUUCCAGCACAGAAACAACCGGAACCCACGAACCUGCCAGCACCGAACUUACCGGAGUCCGCGAACCUACCUGCGCGGACACAGCAGGAGCCCGAAAACUUGCUGGCACCAAACUUGCCAUCGCUAUCAAGCUCGCCGGUGCGCAAGCUGUCACAGCUCGCCAGUUCGUCGCCGCCAAACUUGCCGGAACUCAAGAACGUCUUAAUGACAGAGAAUAAUAAGGAGCGUACGAACCUGCCGGAGUCCGCGAAGCUACCGGUUCCCUCGAAGCUUCCGGCGCCCACGAAGCUGCCGUUGCCCACGAAGCUGCUAGUGCUUGCGAAGACUUCAGUGUCUGCGAACGCGCCAAUGCUGAACAAGCCGGAGCCCGCACACAAUUCGGCGCCCGCGAACCGGCUGGUGCCUGCUAACAUUCAGGCGCGCGUCAGCCUGGCAGCGCGCGCGAAUCUCCUGAAACCUAGGAACGUGCAGGCACCCAAUAUUCCGGCACUCGCUAAUCCCCAGGCGCGCAUCAGCCUUGCGGCUCCCGCAAACCCGCCGACACCCAGGAACAUGCCGGCACCCAACAUUAAGACACCCGCUAAGCUUCAGGCGCGGGUCAGUCUGGCAGCGCCCGCACUCCUGCCAACACCUGGGAACAUGCCGGCACCCGAAAUUAAGACACCCGCUAAGCUUCAAGCGCGGGUCAGCCUGGCGGCGCCCGCAAACCUGCCAACACCUGGGACCAUGCCAGCACCUGACAUUAAGACACCCGCUAAGCUUCAGGCGCGGAUCAGCCUGGCAGCGCCCGCAAACCUGCCGAAACCUGGGAACAUGCCAGCACCUGACAUUAAGACACCCGCUAAGCUUCAGGCGCGGAUCAGCCUGGCAGCGCCCGGAAACCUGCCAACACCUGGGAACAUGCCAGCACCUGACAUUAAGACACCCGCUAAGCUUCAGGCGCGGAUCAGCCUGGCAGCGCCCGGAAACCUGCCAACACCUGGGAACGUGCCGGCACCCGAAAUGAAGACACCCGCUAAGCUUCAGGCGCGGGUCAGCCUGGCAGCGCCCGCAAACCUGUCAACACCUGGGAACAUGCCAGCACCUGACAUUAAGGCACCCGCUAAGCUUCAGGCGCGGGUCAGCCUGGCGGCGCCCGCAAACCUGCCAACACCUGGGAACGUGCCGGCACCCGAAAUUAAGACACCCCCUAAGCUUCAGGCGCGGGUCAGCUUGGUGGCGCCCGAAAAUCUGCCGAAACCUGUAAACAGGCAGGAACCCGAAAUUAAGACGGCUUCUAAGCUUCAGGCGUGGGUCAGCCUGGCGGCGCCCGCAAACCUGCCAACAACUGGAAACAUGCCGGCACCUGACAUUAAGAAACCCGCUAAGAUUCAGGCGUGGGUCAGCCUGGCGGCGCCCGCAAAUCUGCCGAAACCUGUAAACAUGCCGAAACCCGAAAUUAAGACAUCCGCUAAGCUUCAGGCGCAGGUCAGCCUGGCGGCGCCCGCAGACCUGCCAACAACUGGGAACAUGCCGGCACCUGAGAUUAAGACACCCGCUAGGCUUCAGGCGCGGGUCAGUCUGGCGGCGCCCGCAAACCUGCCGAAAGCUGUAAACAUGCCGGGACCCGAAACUAAGGGGCCUGCUAAGUUUCAGACGCGCAUCAGCCUGGCGGCGCCCGCAAACCAUCAGAAGCCCGUGAACAUGCCAGCAUCCAACAUUAAAGCGCCCGCUAAGCUUGAGGCUCGUGUCAGCCUGGCCGCACACGCAAACCUACCGAAACCCGGGAACAGGCCCACACCCAACAUUAAAACGCCUGCUAAGCUUCAGGCGCGCAUCAGUCUCCCGGCGCCCGCGAACAUGCCGGCACUCAGCCUUCCGGCGCCUUCGAAUCCUCCAGUGGCCGCGAAACUGCCGGCGACCGCAAAGCUUCCGACGUCCGCGCACCUGCCAUUGCUGAACUUUACAGAGCUCCGGAAACCUUCGGUGCCCGGGAACUCUCCGGCGCGCGCGAACUUGCCGAAGCCAAUUGACAUGCCGACACCCAACUUUUCGUCCCCCGUGAAGGUUCAGGCACGUGUGAGUCUGUUGGCGUCCUCGAACCUCUCAGAACUGAAUAUUACAGAGCCAAGAAACCAUCCGGUGCCCGCGAAACUGCCGAAGCCCGCCAACAUGCCGACGCCCUACCUUCAGGCGCCCACAAACACUCCAGUGACCCCGAACCUGAUGGUGCUCGACAAGCUACCGGUGUCCGUGAACAAGUCAAUACCGAACAUCCCAGAGCCCGAGAAACCUCCGGCGCUCGCGAACAUACCGAAGCCCACCAACCUACCAGCACCCAACCUUCUGGAACCAACAAACAUUCCAAUUACGGCGAAACUACUGGCACCCGAAAAGAUUCUGGUAUCUGCGAACAUGCCAGCAUGCAACAAUCCAAACCCCAGGAUUCUUCCAGCAACCGCGAACCCUACGGGGCCCCCGAACCUGCCGAAGCCCGGCAACCUGCAGCCGGCACCCAACUUUCCGGCACCCAACUUUCCGGCACCCAACUUUCCGGCGCCCGCGAACCUUCCGGCGCCCGCGAACCUUCCGGCGCCCGCGAACCUUCCGGCGACCACGAACCUGUUGGCGGCCGAAAAGCUUCCGGCAUCCGCGAACAUGCCAGUACUGAGCAUUCCACAGUCCAGGAACGCUUCAGCAUCAGCGAACCCUAUGGCGCACGACAACCUGGUCGAGUCCGCUAAGCAUCAGGCGCACGUCACCCUGGUGGCGCCCACGAACAUGCCGGAGCCGUCGGGGAAUGACAGCGUCAAGGAGCUGGCCCCUUUAGCCAGUCACCUUGAUGCAGCCUGCCCCUUGGAGCAGCAGUGCGAGUUGCCGGUCUUCGACACCUUCUAUGACCCGUACACUGAUGAGGCGUCGUACCAAGCGGCCGGCCGUGGCGCCCCGGUCUCAAGAAACUCGAUGCACGGGUGGCUCGUGCAGUUUGACGAAGAUGGCAACGUCUGCUACCAGUUGGGUCGCGGCCGACCUUUAUUCUGACCCUGGGUCGGCUGAAGGCGUUCUUUCCUUUUCUUUUUUCUUUCUUUCUCUCUUUUUUUUUCACAUUGUGUUACACAAGUCAGGCAAGCUCACAUGCACCACCGUACAGUGGGUUUCAGGCCAUGCGGUCCCAUCAGCCUUGUUUUCUAUCAUCCGGCGCACUUAACUGACAACGGCAGCAGAAGCUCUUCCGCCACUUGGGGCAGCAACACCUAAAUGGCUCUUUGACUCGACGCAUUUGUUGCCAGCCAUUGGGAUGUACGUUGAGUGUGUGACGGCAGGUUAAUAAAGGCAAGUUCUUUUUCUGUUCUUGCUUCA